AUGGCUGGAGAUUCCAAACCUUCUGGAAACGCAGACUUACGUAGAUUUAUGGAAAAAAGACUUGAUGUUCAUUUAAACGGAUCGCGACAUGUUGUUGGAGUUUUGAGGGGAUAUGACACAUUUAUGAACAUUGUGCUCGAUAACGCCCUUGAAGUUGUCGGAGAGGAGCAAGUUGAUCUCGGGGUCGUAGUAGUACGGGGAAAUUCUAUACUAUACUGGGAAUGCCUAGAUAGAGUUAAUACUAGAUAA